CGCUGAUUGACUACCUGCCACUGACAAUCUACCUGGGUGUUUGUUGGUGCUGGUGGGGCCUACAGUUACGGCUCCGGGUCUAUAGCUCUCUAGCUCGCAAAGCACAGUCUUUGACAGCGCGAUAAAUUUUGUUAACGUUGUACUAAGUUUUCAGUAUUUCUUUUUUCGGCGAUAGUUAGUUUAAUUUAUUAUCGUGGAUUCGUUCAGUCAGUUAGACGCUUAUGUUUGUUUGUUUGCCUGGAUUUUUUGUUUACCGGAGGGGCUUUACAAUACCUUAGCGCUGCGCUGACGGUUCAAUUGUUUUUGUUUGUUAACCACAUUCAUGGAGCGCGCUGCCGGUUAUGCGAACCUUAUUUUCGGGUGAAUCUUAUUGAAAAGCUUACUUUUCAUUUAGUUGUUAUUUGAACCAGCCGUAUGGUUGGCGUACAGAGACUCUCGUUGUUGGAUGCCGUGCAUUUGGAAUUGAACCAUAAUAAAAUAAAUAAAGUCGAAAUAAAUUUUGUUAAGUUCUAUAAUAAUUACUACAAUUGCGCGGGUGUGUGUUAAUGAUUGAAUGUGUUUGUGUGUUUACAAAAGAGCCCGUCGUGUUCGUUUUGUUUAAGUUAAUAAAGUGAAUUUGGAUUUGAACACGUUCUACUCUACAAAGCCAGCAAUAUCAGCAAAAAUGCCUCAAAGAAGCAGCACAAAUGGUAACUGGAGUUUUUCGCCGUACGCCCGGCGAAAACAUCAACGUCAUCUGGCGCCAUUGCCCGAAGCAAUUGUCAUAUCAGCUGUUCAGCAAAAACACACAACACCAACAGAUGAUGAUGAAGGUGUCCCCAAAGUUCGCACAACCAUGGAAGCAGAGAAACAAGAAGAAUUUAAUCUGCAAAAAGAGUUCGAAUGGGUGUUGCGAGAAGAGGUGCAUCAAUUACUCAAGAAGUUAAAGUUUAUUCUCAUAGAAUGUGCCCAUCGGUUUCCUGUUCCAUUGUAUGAAAAUGAGGGAAAGAAGACUGAAAAAUUCAUAUUAUCUGUCCAACCGCCAGAUCAGUUGAAGGCCAUUCUCACCCUCACGGGUGAUACUAUUACACAAGCGGACAUUAGUUUUAAAUUAUCCAAAUCACCUCACCAAAUUCAACGCACCUCCAUAACACAGGAUUCACCUUGGAAAUUGCAGCAGGUCCAGGAUGCGGCGAACCAUCUACAGCAAGCCAUUAAUCACAUUGAUGACGUCGAUGAGUCGUACCAUUUUAAAACAUCUGAUGAAGUAAUGCAUGUUGUUGGCAAUAUACUGGAGGCGUUGCAAAGAGGGCGCUUAUCGCUUGUCAUACCAAAAAAGAAACCCAUAGAUGAAUUAAUUAAGGGACGCAAUAUGAAAUCUCUGACUCCGAAUUUAUCGGAAGAUUUAGCUGUUAGUUUCUAUUUACAAUCGCAUAAACUAAUCAUUGCCGUAUAUCAGCUAACCAAUAUUCAUGGGACAAUGCGUUUCGACUCAUGCCAGGCUGAGGCUUCCAUCAAUUGGCUAAAUGAGGUUCUGUUCAUGCUGUCAGCCGGUCUUCAGCUAUGUCAACAGCUAAAAGAUAAAAUCUCAGUUUUCUCUUUGUACAAAGAUUUUAAAGUUGGUUCACGAGCAUCCUCCGCCCUUUCCUAUUGACCCAUUCGUAUGGGAUAUUGUUAUUGGCUUCUAAUGAAAGACUUGGUUGUAUUCUAUUUCAUAUUUAUAAUUUAAAAAUUAAAAAAUAAUCAAAAUAUUCAAAAUAACAGAUCGGUAUUGAGUUUAUCGAAUAUUUAAGUUAUUACGCAUUAAAUGCUUAACUAUCUAAAUGUAAUAGUGUAAUAUAAAUAGAAAACAAGUUAAUACAACUACUCUAUACUCAAAAAACGCUUCAGGUUUCUGCAAAGAGAUGAAAAACCACUAAACUGUAAUGCCUUUUUAAAGAACAUAUUUUUUGUAUGUUACCUACAGUACUUAAAGAACUAAAAUGUUGACAUGUUGUUUGAAAGGAGAAUACAAGAAAGAAAAUGUUACUAAACUAUACACAAAAAAGACACCAUUCGCUGCCUUAUAGCACAAUCUAUGUUUAAUCGAGUUAACAAUGUUGCAAUGUGUAAUCCCAAAAAUUUAGAAACAAAAUUGCUUCUAUUUUUAUAAUUUAUAUUUUUAAUUGUAAAUUGUAUUUUUUAAAUCUGAUGAUAUUUUUUUUAAAUGUAAAUCUAGUUAAAUAAUAAAUCAAUUGUAUAUUUUGUAUUAAGUUUUAUUGUACAACAAACGAAAUUAAUAAAUUAUUUCUAAAAGGUUAUUUUAAGAAAA